AUGGAAAUUUUGAACGCUGGGGGAAGCGCUGGAGACAGAAUUAUCAAGGAGCCGGAAAUGGCGCUUUUUAGCUUGGAACAUACAUCGAACUGCGAUGUCAGAAACUGCGGCUUUCCUGGCUGUUGCAAAAUGAGGAUUAUUAUCGACCAUGCAAAAGCACACUGGAGCGUCGACGAGCCAAAUAACUGUAUAAUCUGCAAAAAUUUUGCGAAGGUCGUCCGAAAACACACCCAGUACUGCUUUGACGAAAACUGCCUAGUCCACAAUUGUAACAUUCUCAAAUCAAAAAUCAGCGCCAUUGAAGCACAAAUUUCCGUUGCCGAACGAGAUCGAAGAGAAACCGAAAUGGCUGAAAAAGCAAAAGAAGCAGGCUUGAUUCUUUGA